AGCUCGCCGCAGCCCUUGCAGCUCCCGAGAUGGAAGCCCUGGCCCUUAGUACCUCCAGAACUACCUCCGCCCCAGCAGCCACUCCAGGCGUGUCGCUGACCACCGCUCGUCACACCUCCACCGCCGCCGCCGCCACCACCCCCAGCAGCAGCACCGCCCCCACUCCUUCCCGCCCCUCCUUCUGCCCCCCUCCCCCUCCUCCGCUGCCCGCCCCCGCCCGCCCGCUGCCGUCGCUGCGCAUCCUACGCUCCUCCCAGGCGGACGCGCUGAGGCUGGAUGCGGAGCUGGGGGGCAUGCUGCAGGAGCAGCUGGGGCGGCUGUUCGAGCACUUCACACCGGGUCAGGCGGCCCGCUUCGAGCCCGAGGUGCAGGCAGUCAUGGCGGCGAUGGUGUUUUGGCUGUCCGUGUGGUCGGGUCGGGCCACCCCGGGGUCCGAGCUGCUCAACAUGCGAUACCGCAACGAGCGAGCGGUGGCAGCGGGGCCCGUGGAGCUGGUGGGCGCAUCCGGGGUGGAGGGACCCGGCCUCUCACGCGUGCAACGUGUCGUACUGGGGCUCGGAUCCGUCGUACUGCCAUACGCCUGGACCCGCCUCUGCCGUGCAGCCCAUGCAGCCGACUGGGGGGCCGCCGCCUCCUCCUCCUCCUACGAUGAUGACAACAACGCCCAUGACGCAUGGGUCACUGCUCCGUCGAACCAGCCCAGUUGGGAUUCUACUGAGGGUAACGACCAUGAAGGCAGUAGCAACAAUAGCAGCCUUGGUAGCAGACUGCUCAGCCGGUUCCGGAGCAGGCGGGGAGGGCAACAGUCCUCCCACCCCUCCUGGCGUCAGCUGGCCUGGCGGGCCAUGCGGUGGAGCGAGGGCGCGCUGCAUGCUGCUGCGCUGCUGCACUCCUGGGCCUUCCUGGUCCGCGGGGACUACCGCACGCUGCUGGAGCGGGUGGUGGGGGCGCGGCUGGUGUGGCGGCGCGCGGUGAUGAGCCGGGUGGUGUCGUUCGAGUACCUCAACCGGCAGCUGCUGUGGGAGCAGGUGGCGGAGGUGGUGAUGCUGCUGCUGCCGGCGCUGGACCUGGCGAGGAUGAGGCGCGCGUUGGGGAGGCUGCUGCCGCGGCCGGCGGGGGCGGGAGGCAGUAGCGGGGGGACGCAGCUCCCACCGCCGAAGCAGCCGGAGCAGCAGCAGCAGCAGCAGGAGGCCUCCGCCCCCGCGCACCAUGACGAAGAUUCCCCACCUCCUCCACCCCCACCUCCUCCCGCCUGCUGCCCCGUGUGCGACACCCCAGACAUGCUGACCGCCGUACGUGCGCUGCCGUGCGGCCACCCCUUCUGCUACUACUGCCUGCGCAGCCACACGCAGGCGGACCCGGGGUACUGCUGCCCGAGCUGCGGGGUGCGGGUGGCGGCGAUGAGGC